AUGGCUUCUCCUUCUCCCUCAGUUCCCUACGCUCUUCUUCCAAGCCUUCAACAAACACACCUCAUUGAUGAUGAUGAUCCUAUAACUGUUGACCGAAGCAUCUUCAGUUUAUCAGAGAAAAAGCUUUAUGAAUGGAAAAACACAUUGAAGGGUCAUGUUGGAGAAUGGUGUGUUGGUUCUUCUCAUGGUUGGAUUAUACUUUUGGAUCAGAAUGGAGUUCCACUUCUUCUAAACUCUUCUUCUUCCACUACCAUUAACAUACCACCUCUUCCCCUUUCAUUCUUGCACCCCGUCACAUAUUCUUACUUCGCUGAAUACUUAAGGAAAACCUUCAUAGUCAAAGCAAUCUUGAUGUGUUGUUCCUCUCCUUCAAGCUAUAUUCUUGCCAUCAUAUAUGGUUCCAACUACAAGAUUGCUUAUUGCAACUCUGCAACUUGGGUUGAGCUCUCUGAUGAUAAGCAAUCUUAUUGUGACAUUGUGUUCAGCAACAACUAUCUGUAUGCCUUGACACAAGAUGGUUCUGUUGAAGUUUGGAAUAUUUGUGGGCAAAUUCCUAAAAGAUUGAUUCUUUUAACACCAACUGCGGAGGCAAAUUAUGAAGAGGAAAAACCAUAUUUAGAAAAUAAUUUCUCAAGAAAUUUAUACUUAGUGGUAUCUGCAAAAGAAAUCUUGCUGGUGACAAAGAUUUAUUGGGAAUUUUACAAGAGAUGGAAAAAGAUGAGAUUUUUACAUGAUAAAGUUCUGUUCUUGGGUGUUAAUGAAUUUGUAUCAAUGGAUGCUAAAGCUUGCUUGGGGUGUGAAGCAAACUCAAUCUAUUUCACAGAUGAUAGGUGGGAAGAGAUGACUUUGGACUACAUGUAUGGUGGACAUGAUUGGGGUGUUUUCAAUCUUGAAGAGAAAUGUGUUAAGAGCAUGCAAUGUGCAAAUAGGAUUGAUCCUCCACCAAUUUGGAUAGUUCCAUAA